AUUUUCGCAAUCCCUCUGGUUAGAAAUCGUGUCCGGUGAUUUUUGACUUAUAUCCUUUUGGUGAUUUUGAGGGAAUUCGAUGGAUACUCUGUUGAAAACACCCAACAAGCUCGAUUUUUUCAUCCCUCAGUUUCAUGGGUUUGAGAGAUUAAGCAGUAAUAAUCCAAACCCUUCAAGGGUUAGGCUUGGUGUGAAGAAAAGGGCUAUCAAAAUUGGCUCUAGUGUUGCCAGUGGUAGUGCUGCUCUUUUGGAUCUUGUUCCUGAAACUAAGAAGGAGAAUCUUGACUUUGAGCUUCCUUUGUAUGAUACUUCCAAGAGUCAAGUUGUUGAUUUGGCUAUUGUUGGUGGUGGUCCUGCUGGUUUAGCCGUGGCUCAGCAGGUCUCUGAGGCUGGACUCUCUGUUUGUUCCAUUGAUCCUUCUCCAAAGCUCAUAUGGCCUAACAACUAUGGAGUUUGGGUUGAUGAGUUUGAGGCUAUGGAUUUACUUGAUUGCCUUGAUACCACAUGGUCUGGUGCUGUUGUCUAUGUCGAUGAAGGUGUCAAGAAGGAUUUAAGCCGGCCUUAUGGGAGAGUUAACCGGAAACAGCUCAAAUCCAAAAUGCUUCAGAAAUGUAUUACCAACGGUGUUAAGUUUCAUCAGUCUAAGGUCACUAAUGUGGUUCACGAGGAGGCAAACUCCACUGUGGUUUGCAGCGACGGUGUGAAGAUUCAGGCUUCGGUGGUUCUUGAUGCCACCGGGUUUUCCCGAUGCUUGGUUCAGUAUGACAAACCGUACAACCCUGGGUACCAAGUAGCUUACGGGAUUAUAGCUGAAGUCGAUGGUCACCCAUUCGAUGUAGACAAAAUGGUGUUCAUGGAUUGGAGAGACAGACAUCUGGACUCUUAUCCUGAGCUUAAAGAACGGAACAGUAAGAUCCCAACAUUCUUGUACGCGAUGCCAUUUUCUUCCAACCGAAUAUUUCUUGAAGAAACUUCCUUAGUUGCUAGACCUGGUCUGCGUAUGGAAGAUAUCCAAGAAAGAAUGGCUGCUAGACUGAAACAUUUGGGGAUCAAUGUGAAGAGGAUUGAGGAAGACGAGCGUUGUGUGAUCCCAAUGGGUGGUCCUUUACCAGUCUUACCUCAACGAGUUGUCGGGAUUGGUGGGACAGCGGGAAUGGUUCAUCCCUCAACUGGUUACAUGGUAGCUAGGACUCUUGCAGCUGCGCCAAUAGUUGCAAACGCCAUUGUGAGAUACCUCGGUUCACCGAGUAGUAACAGCCUAAGAGGAGAUCAACUCUCUGCUGAGGUAUGGAGAGACUUGUGGCCUAUUGAACGGCGCAGACAGAGGGAAUUCUUCUGUUUUGGAAUGGAUAUUCUGCUGAAACUCGACUUAGACGCUACUAGAAGGUUCUUUGAUGCAUUCUUUGAUCUGCAACCUCAUUACUGGCACGGAUUCUUGUCUUCCAGGCUGUUUCUCCCUGAACUGUUGUUCUUUGGGUUGUCGCUCUUCUCGCAUGCUUCUAAUACCUCAAGAUUGGAGAUCAUGACAAAGGGGACUGUUCCUCUUGCUAAGAUGAUCAACAAUUUGGUACAAGAUAGAGACUAAGGACCAGAAACUAAGACAUAUAAGUACAUCUGUUCUUUGGUUCUUGACCCAGUGGUAUAUCCGCAUUGCAAGUCGUUGGAUAAUUGUGUAUAAACCGCAGAUCAUAAC